AUGGACAAGGCGAAGAUGAGUGAAAGCGUCAAAGCUGAGCUUUGUCGAAAGUACUUUAUCAUUGGACUGUUUUGUCUUCCGUUAGUGUGGCUGACGAAUUUUGUUUGGUUCUUUGGUGAUGCGUUCUGUCGACCAAGUUCUUCGACUAAUCCUGUCAUUCGCAAAUACGUUAUCUUGAGCGCAUUC